CCGACUGGAGGCAGGCAGAAAGAACAUCAACCUUUUAUAUUAUAGCUGUACUCGCAAGACAAUAUCUGCAAUCAGGACACAAGGAUGGCAGAGCCUCGAUUUAACAACCCGUAUUUCUGGCCGCCCCCUCCAUCCAUGCCAGGCCAGCUGGAUAACCUGGUGCUCAUUAACAAGAUCAAGGAGCAGCUGAUGGCCGAGAAGAUCCGACCCCUGCACCUGCCGCCUACCUCCACCCCUUCCCAGCAGUCUCUGCUGGUGCCCACCUCAUCCCCAGAUGGUAGCGCACAGCACGGGAUGCCAGUGCCAAAGCCCCAGCCGCAGCAGGUGCCGGGCCACCACCCGCAGCCACAGGGCUCUGGACAGCCGGACAUCGCUCUGCACGCCCGCCCCGCCUCCAGCUCCGGACCAGAUGGAAAUAUGGACGACAAGUCAGCAGUGAAGGCCAAAGGAUUGUGGGAAGACUGGCACAUGAGACAGCUUGGCGAGCAACCAGGCCGGGUCAACCAUCGCUCAGGUCUGGCUCCUUCAUCCCGACCCGACAGCCACAGCACCUCAGAGGCCCUGACCCCCACGACUCCAACCUCCAGCAGCCAGAACCGCCUGGGCGGCGCCCCCUCUGUGAACAUCAUAUCUGGCCUGGCUAGUGGUCCUGGCAUGGACCACAUGAAGGCUGGAGGCCUGGCAGGACUGUUGGGCCCGCCACCCAAGGCACCCCGGGGACGGAAGAAGAUCAAAGCUGAAAACCCCACUGGUCCUCUGCUGGUGGUGCCGUACCCCAUCCUAGCUGACCAAGGCUGUGUCACUGUUGCACCCAAAGAGGGCAAAACUUACAGAUGCAAAGUUUGCCCGCUCACCUUCUUAACCAAGUCAGAGAUGCAGAUUCACUCCAAGUCCCACACGGAGGCCAAACCACACAAGUGUCCCCACUGCUCCAAGACGUUUGCCAACGCCUCCUACCUGUCUCAGCACCUGCGCAUCCACCUGGGGAUCAAACCCUAUCACUGCUCCUACUGCGAGAACUCGUUCCGUCAGCUGUCACACCUGCAGCAGCACACCAGAAUCCACACUGGCGAUAGGCCGUAUAAAUGUGCUCACCCUGGAUGUGAAAAGGCUUUUACCCAGCUGUCCAACCUCCAGUCUCACCAGAGGCAGCACAAUAAAGACAAGCCCUAUAAAUGUCCUAACUGCUACCGUGCCUACUCAGACUCCGCAUCAUUGCAGAUCCACUUGUCAGCGCACGCCAUCAAAAAUGCUAAGGCCUACUGCUGUAGCAUGUGUGGCCGGGCAUACACCUCAGAGACCUACCUUAUGAAGCACAUGUCCAAACACACAGUGGUGGAGCACCUAGUCAGCCACCAGUCACCCCAGAGGACCGAGUCCCCCAGCAUCCCCAUACGCAUCUCCCUCAUCUGAGCUCCCCGGCUGCUCAGGAGCAGCUCGGAUUCAGAGUCUACGUUCGGCUGGAGCUUAUGAGGCCCUGCACCCACGGCCAUCUACAUAAGGCUUACAUUAGCAUUAUGACAGCUGACAUGCAGCACAUUCAGGAAGUAUUCAGACCCCUUCACUUUUUUCACAUUUUGUUCUGUUGCAGUCUCAUGCUAAAAUCCUUUGAAGUCAUUUUCCCCUCAGCAGUCUACACUCAGUACCCCAUAAUAACAAAUGAAAAACUAAAUUUUAGAAAGUUCUGCAAAAUUAUUACAAAGGAAAAACUGAAGUAUCACAUUGACAUAAGUUUUCAGACCCUUUACUCGGGACAUUGUUGACGCACCUUUGGCAGCGAUUACAGCCUUUAAUUUUCUUGGGCGUGACGCAACAAGCAACAAGCUACGCACAACUGGAUGUGCAGAUUUUCUGCUAUUGUUCUCUGCAGAUCCUCUCAGGUUCUGUCAGGUCACGUGGGGACUGUUGGUGAACAGCCAUUUUCAGUUGACUCCAGAGAUGAUGCAUUGGGGUCAAGUCAGGGCUCUGGUUGGGCCACUCAGGGGGAUUCACAGGGUUGUCCUGAAGCCACAUCUGCGUUGUUUUGGCUGUGUGCUUAGGGUCAUUUUCCUUUGGGAAGGUGAUCCUUCCACCCCAGGUCCUGAGAACUCUGGGUCAGGUUUUCAUUAAGGAUCUCUCUGUACUUUGCUCCAUUCAGCUUUCGAUCAACCCUGACCAAUCUCCCAGUCCCUGCUGCUGAAAAACACCUCCACAGCCUGAAGCUGCCAACACCUUACGCCGCUCUAGGGAUGGUAAAGGGCAGGUGAUGAGUAUUGCCUGGAUUCCCCAAGACAUAAUGCUUCAAACUGAGACCAAACAGUUCGAUCUUGGUUUCAUCAGACCAGAGAAUCUGGUUUCUCACAGUCUGAGAGUCCUGUAGGUGCUUUUUUGCAAAUUCCAAGCAGCUUCCAAUGAGGAGAGGCUUCAUCGGACCACUCUAUCAUGAAGCCCAGAUCAGUGAGAGCUGCAGUGCUGGUUGUCUUUCUGGUUUUCUCCCAUCUCCACACAGGAUCUCUGGAGUUCAGCCAGAGUGACCAUUGGGUUCUUGGUCACCGCUCUUACCAAGACCCUUUUCCCCUGAUUGCUCAGUUUGACUCAGCGAGGGUGGGCUGCAGUUGAAAAGUCAAAACAUUUCCUUUCCUGACAACUUUGUUUGACCUCAUGAGGUCAAGGAAAGAUUCAUGAGGGCUUAUGAAAAGACAACUGUAGUGCUAAGAGAAUCCUACAGCACUGACACUAGUCAGCAAGGAUGGAUGUUAAUGAAGUAGAAUGGUGUUUUGUGGAAUGGUGUUUUUUGGAAUGGUGUUUCUGCCGCAAGGAAUUCUGGGAUGGCAUUAUCUUCUUUGCUUUCAUAAAGGAUGGUCCAGUGUACCCUAUGCUGAAGGAGAUAAGAAAGGGAGCAUUGAGGAACCUUUCCUCAGUAUUCAUUUAUUUUGCUUAGGAACCUUCCUAAGCAAAAAGGCUUUGACCACAGCCGAUGCAGCAGACAUUUUUUGUAGCCGCAGAUUUCUGCCCGACGCAACCCUGUCUCUGAGCUCUGCACGCAGUUCCCUCACCUCAUGGCUUGAGUUUUGCUCUGAACUGCAUUAUCAGCUGUGAGACAUUAUAUAGACAGGUGUGUCUCUUUCCAAAUCAUGUCCAAUCAACUGAACUGUGGUGGACUCCAGCCAAGGUGUAGAAACAUCUCAAAGAUGAUCAAGAGAAAUUGGAGGCACCUGAGCUAAAUUUCAAGUGUCAGAGCAAACGGUCUGAAUUCCUAGGUUUAAGUGAUGUUUCAGUUUUUCAUUUUUAAUAAAUUUGCAAACAUUUCUAAAAUUUUCACUUUGUCAUUAUAA